CGCGCGUCCGUCCUCGGCGUCUUCCCCUCCGGGCGGGCCACGUCGGGGGGCCGCUCUGCUCGCUCUGUGCUCGGUCCGGGCUCGGCCUUCAGGGUCCGGGCUCGGCCUUCAGGGCCCGAGCAGAGGCCAGUUAAAGACCUAGCUGGAAAUAAGCCCUCGUGUCCGACCCAGAUCAUAUGAGCUUUCAAUAUGCUUCGAUACCAGUGUCUUAGCAGAAUCUGCAAAGGUUUCUUCCCAUACAGUUUUGAAACUGGCAUAUUUAAUAUAGGCAGACGCCCAAAAGAAAUGCAUUCUUCAGUCAACAAGUACCAUGAACGUGAAAGUGGAGAGCAUGCAAGUGUUUCCAAAGAUCAGGAAAUGCAUGAUUCUCAAAGUGGAAAUCAUGAAACUGUGAAACAAUUACAUAUACCAGUGAUGGUCAACGAAGUGAUUAAUUAUUUAGCACCACAGCAAGGGCAGAAUAUUCUCGAUAUGACAUUUGGUUCAGGAGGCCACUCCAGAGCCAUUCUCCAGAAAGAAGUGGAUAUUACCUUAUAUGUUCUAGACAGAGAUCCAACAGCUUAUGCCAUAGCUCAACAGCUUUCAGAAUUAUAUCCAAAACAGAUUCAAGCCUUGCUAGGCCGGUUUAGCCAAGCUGAGGCCAUGCUACUGAAAGCUGGAGUGCAGCCCGGGACUGUUGAUGGAGUUCUUCUAGAUCUUGGGUGUUCCUCCAUGCAACUUGAUACCCCUGAAAGAGGUUUUUCCUUUCGAAAGGACGGCCCCUUGGACAUGAGGAUGGAUGGCGGCAGGUACCCUGACAUGCCCACUGCUGCUGAUGUUGUGAAUGCCUUAGAUCAACAGGCACUCGCGUUGAUCCUGAGAACAUACGGGGAAGAGAAGUAUGCCAAGAAAAUCGCUUCAGCAGUCGUUCAGGCACGCAGCAUCUACCCCAUCACCAGAACCCAGCAGCUCGCCAGCAUUGUUGCAGGUGCUUUUCCUACUGCUGCCCUGUAUGAAAGGAAAGACUUACUCCAGAGAUCCACCCAUAUUGCUACCAAGACUUUCCAAGCCCUCCGAAUAUUUGUAAACAAUGAGCUGAAUGAACUCUGUGUGGGACUGAAGACAGCUCAGAAGUUUCUGAAGCCAGGGGGUCGCCUUGUUGCCCUUUCUUUCCAUUCACUGGAAGACCGCAUCGUCAAACGAUUCUUGCAUGGAAUCGAUGUGACAGAAAAGCUUAGACACAAAAGGAGACAGAAGAUAACCCAAGCCCCAGGACUGUGUUUAAAUCUAGAGAACGAAGAAGAAUUCUUUAGAAGCUCAUCUCCCUUGGAGUGGGAAAUGAUACACAAGAAGGUGGUGACACCGGAAAGCCAGGAGGUCCAGGACAAUCCUCGAGGGCGCUCUGCCAAGCUCCGGGCAGCUAUCAAGUUAUAAAAACAAAAACAUCACCUAUUCUUUUCCCUCAUUUUUGUCUAUAUCAUUUUUUUAAAAUUAGCUUUUUAAACAGCUCAAAUAAAAUAAAAUGUUAGGGAUAUAACAACCCAGGAUUUGAGUAUCAAUCACUUUCUGUGGAAAGUAAGACUCAAGGAACAUAAACGUGACAAGAAAAAUCCAGCACAUGAAUCUGUGUUCCAAGACUAGAAAAUUAUUUCAUUUUAGUGAAGAAAAAAAAAGCCAUGUGACGGUUUUUAAGUAGUCCCCUAAUCAAGAGAAUAUUAAUAAAUUAUAAAUGAAUACAAUUUAAAGAAUAAGUAUGGUACUAUACUUAUCUAAAUAUGUAGACCCAAACUAUGUUCUAAAUUCUCAAUUAAGAAAUUCAAAUUCUGCAACAGUCUUUUUAUGGCUCAAUGAAUUGGUCCUAACCAUAAAGGAAAACUUAAUUUCUCUCACUGGGGAUAAAGAAUUAUUACUCUAGCUUUCUCAAAUACAGGUACUAGGCUACUUAACAGUCUUCAAGUGUCUCUCAGUAAGAAAUCAUCUUAUACCAAUGAAUUUCAUUGUUGUAAUUGUCAUGAUUAAUAUCUAAAAGUUUUUAUCAGUCCAUAUAAUGUAAAACUAAAAUUGGUAUAUAUCAAGUCAACCAGCAUUUAUAUUAAGCACCUACUAUGUGCCAGGCAUGAUAUCAUUUCUAUUAUAUCAGUUUCAUGAAUUGGGAAAAUAAACAUUUCACCAGAUCAGCACUGAAUGUAUA